GGAACAGCAGCAGAGUUCACGGCGUCAAGGGCUCAGACUCUCUUGAUUUCCUUUUCCUCUCCACACCAUGAGGGGAGGUGAUUUGCCCAAUCCCGCCUUAAUUCUGUUUCUCCUGCUCCUUCCCAGAGAUGCCUCAGCUACUGCAAAACCGCAGUACCUGGUGGUGGUCCCAUCACAACUGUACAGUGGAGUUCCUGAGAAAGCCUGCAUCAUGCUUAAUCAUCUGAAUGAGACCGUGACACUGAACAUGAUUCUGGAGUAUGGAGUACACACCCAGGCCCUCCUGUCAGACCUGGUGACAGAGAAGGACUCCUUCUACUGCAGCCCCUUCACUAUUCCAGAGUUGCCAACUUCCUCAGCAUUCAUCACUGUGCAGGUGAAAGGACCGACCCAGGAGUUCAAAAAGAGGAAGGCAAUGCAAAUAAUGAAAGUAGAGAGUCUAGUCUUUGUCCAGACAGACAAACCUGUCUACAAACCAGGACAAACAGUGAGAUUCCGCAUCGUCUCUGUGGAUGUCAAUUUUCUCCCUUUGAAUGAAACGUUCCCAGUGGUUUAUAUUGAGAAUCCUAAGAGGAACCGAAUUUUCCAAUGGAAAAGCCUCGAAUUGCCAGGGGGACUCAACCAGCUCUCUUUCCCACUCUCAGUGGAGCCCACACUGGGUCCCUAUAAGGUCAUCGUGCAGAAGGAGUCGGGGAGAAAAGUAGAGCAUUCCUUUGAGGUGGACGAAUAUGUUUUGCCCAAAUUUGAGGUCCAACUGAAAAUGCCCAAGACUAUUGGUUUUCUAGAUGAAGCAUUUGAGGUAACCGCGUGCGGCCUAUACACAUAUGGAAAGCCUGUCCCUGGUCUGGUGACAAUUAAUGUAUGCAGAAAAUAUCCACAUUCCUAUUCCUGUACAGGAGGACAUUCACAAAGUAUCUGUGAAGAAUUCAGUCAACAGGCAGACAAGAAAGGCUGUUUUACACAACUCGUAAAGACUAAAGUAUUUCAGCUGCAACUGAAAAGGUAUGGCAUGGAGUUAAAAGUGGAAGCCAAGAUCAGAGAAGAAGGAACAGGGUUGAAAUUAACUGGGCAUGGAUCAUGUAAAAUCACCAAUACCUUAAGCAAACUGGUAUUUAAAAAAGUGGAUUCAUAUUAUAGACGUGGGCUCCCUUUCUUUGGGCAGGUUCUUCUAGUUGAUGAGAAGGAUCAGCCACUCCCUAAUAAAACUCUAACUGUCCUUUUGGAUAACACUGAAUACCAUUCCCACUUUACUACGAAUGAGCAUGGGUUGGCAACUAUUUCCAUUGAUACCACCAACCUCACAUCUUCUUCUAUUACAGUCACAGUCAUUUACAAAAAGGAUUCCAGCUGUUCUAAUAGCCAUUGGCUUGAAGAAAUUCAUUCACGAGCACAUCAAACUGUAAAGCAUGUUUUUUCUCCGAGCAAGAGUUAUGUUCACCUUGAACUUGUUGCUGGUACCAUAGCCUGCGGGAAAACCCAAGAGAUCCGGGUGCACUACAUUCUGAAUGGACAGACUAUCAAAGAUGAAAAGGAGUUAACCUUCUAUUAUUUGAUUAAAGCAAGAGGAAGCAUUUCUCAGUCUGGUAUCCAUGUGUUGUCCAUUGAACAAGGGAACAUGAAUGGAGUAUUUUCCUUCUCCUUUCAAGUGGAGUCAGACAUUGCUCCUACUGCUCAGUUGUUUGUUUAUACUAUUUUACCCGAUGGAGAAAUUGUUGCAGAUACACAGGAACUUGAGAUUGAAAACUGUUUUGCCAAUAAGGUAAAUUUGGGCUUCUCCUCAGCCCAGAGCCUGCCAGCCUCAGACACCAAUCUGAAGGUCACAGCCACCCCUCAGUCCCUCUGUGCCCUUCGUGCAAUAGACCAGAGUAUGCUGCUCAUGAAGCCUGAAGCUGAGCUCUCACCUCAAUCAGUCUAUAAUUUGUUACCAGUAAAGAAGCACUUUAAUGCUGGAUACGAAAGUAACGCGGAUGGAGAGGCUGAAGGAUGCAUCAGUGUGAAAGACAUAAUUCACAAUGGAAUCCUUUACUCUCCAAGGCAGGUCUUGGAUGGCGGCUGGGAUGACGAUGAUGUUCACAGUAUCUUUCAGUCUGCAGGAUUAAAUAUUUUUACCAACUCAAAAAUCCACAAGCCAUAUUUGUGUCAGCAGCUUGAAGGAUUUCCAGUCUCAUAUUUGACCAAUGUAUAUUAUUCAGCGCCUUCACCAAGCAUUUCUGUAAGCUAUGAUGCUCCAAUUUACCCUGUGAUGGUAGGAGGAGCCCCUCCAGCAGAGGGAGUACAAAAGACAGUCCGGAAGUAUUUCCCAGAGACCUGGAUCUGGGACUUGGUGCCACUUGAUUCAUCAGGUAACAGUGAGCUGGCAGUAAAGGUCCCUGACACCAUCACACAGUGGAAGGCCAGUGCACUGUGCUUGUCUGGAAAAACAGGUCUUGGCCUCUCCCCCAUCAUCUCUCUUCAAGUCUUCCAGCCCUUCUUCCUAGAACUCACUCUCCCCUACUCUGUGGUGCGAGGAGAAGCCUUUACACUUAAAGCCACUGUGUUCAACUACUUGUCCCACUGCAUCCGGGUCAGCAUAGAGCUGGAGGAGUCUCCUGCCUUCUUGGCUGUCCCAGUAAACAAGAAUGAAGAAUCUCACUGUAUCUGUGGAGAUGAGCAGAAAACUAUAUCCUGGGCUGUGACCCUCAAGUCACUGGGAAAAGUGAAUUUCACAGCAACUGCGGAAGCCCUGCAGUCUGCGGAAUUGUGCGGCAAUGAGUUGCCUCAAGUCCCAGCGCUUGGACACAAGGACACAGUAGUCAAGCCCUUAUUAGUUGAGCCUGAGGGAAUAGAAAAGGAGGAAACUUUCAACUCACUCCUCUGUGCAACUGAAACUGGAGCACCUGAAAAGUUGUCACUAAAAGUUCCUUCAAAUGUGGUUGAAGGAUCUGCCAGGGCCACGUAUUCAGUUUUGGGUGAUAUACUAGGCUCUGCAAUGCAAAAUCUUCAGAAUCUCCUCCAGAUGCCUUAUGGUUGUGGGGAGCAAAAUAUGGUCCUUUUUGUCCCUAACAUCUAUGUUUUGAACUAUCUGAAUGAGACACAACAGCUGACAGAGAAGAUCAAGUCCAAAGCCGUUAGCUACCUCAUUAGUGGGUAUCAAAGACAGUUGAAUUAUAAACACAGCGAUGGUUCAUACAGCGCCUUUGGGGAUCAUGACGGUACAAGUCAGGGAAAUACUUGGCUCACUGCAUUUGUGCUUAAGUCCUUUUCUCAAGCUCGGUCAUACAUCUUUGUGGAGGACUCACACAUCACGGAUUCCCUCACCUGGCUCUCACAGAAGCAAAAGGAAAAUGGCUGUUUCCAGCACUCUGGAUCACUGCUAAAUAAUGCCAUUAAGGGUGGAGUAGAUGACGAGGUGACACUCUCUGCCUACAUCACCAUUGCUCUGCUGGAGAUGCCACUGCCUGUCACUCACCCAGUUGUCCGCAGUGCUCUAUUCUGCCUGGAAAGUGCAUGGGCAUCCACUUCAGAAGCCCAAGGAAGUUUUGUCUAUACCAAGGCAUUAUUGGCCUAUGCCUUUGCCCUAGCAGGAAACCAGGCCAAGCGAAGUGAGCUGCUUCAAUCACUGGACAAAGAGGCUGUAAAAGAAGAGGACUCAAUCCACUUGCAACGUCCUAGGAAACUUCAAGAAGCUCAGACAUUCUAUUAUCAACCUCGGGCUCCUUCUGCUGAAGUGGAGAUGACAUCUUACUUGCUCCUUGCCUAUCUUACCUCCCAGCCUGCCCCAUCUUCAGAAGACCUGUCUGUAGCCUCACGUAUUGUAAAAUGGAUAACCAAGCAACAAAACCCCAAUGGAGGCUUCUCUUCCACUCAGGAUACAGUGGUAGCUCUUCAAGCCCUUUCCAAAUAUGGAGCAGCAACUUUCACUAAAAGGGAGAAAGCAGCUACAGUUACCGUCAAGUCUUCAGAGACCUUCUCAGAAGAACUUCAAGUAGAUGAAGGCAAUCGCCUAUUGCUGCAGGAGGUUGCAUUGCCAGAGAUUCCAGGGGAGUACAGCACAACAGUGUCAGGGUCAGGAUGUGUGUACCUCCAGACAUCCCUGAGAUACAAUGUCCUGCCCAAGAAAGAAGGGAAAGUUCCCUUCACCCUGAAUGUUGAUACUUUCCCCAAGAAUUGUGAUGGAGUAGAUGCUCGCAAGAAAUUCUGGAUUCACAUCAACAUUAGUUAUACUGGGGAACGACCCAGCUCCAACAUGGUCAUCAUCGAUGUAAAGAUGGUAUCCGGCUUCAUACCUGUGAAACCAUCAGUGAAAAAGCUCCAAGAAAAACCUCAGAUUCAAAGGACCGAAGUGAGCAUCAACCAUGUCCUGAUAUACUUGGAAGAGCUAACCAAACAAGCCCUGAGUUUCUCCUUCUCAGUGGACCAAGACAUCCAAGUAGAGAAUUUAAAACCAGCCACGGUAAAAGCCUAUGAUUAUUAUGAGACAGAUGAAUUCACCAUUGAAGAGUACGGCGCUCCCUGCAGUGCAGAAUCUAAACUUGGAAAUGCUUGAAAAUGGAAACUUAUGGACCUCAUCAGAUGAAAUUCUCCAAAAAUGAAGAACAAAGACCUAUAGGAGAGAAGACAGUGGGAGAGGGGACCAAAAUUGGAAAUAGAUAAUAUUUGUAUGUUGAAUAA